AUGGGAAGACCGUACCCCAAGGAUCUAUGGGAUGUCUUGAAGCAACGCUUCUACAACAUACAUGAUGUACUCAUUCCAGAGUUGACUGCUCGAUGGGAAUCCAUUAGACUAAUGGAUUUUGCUAAAGUUGAGGAUUACAACCAAGCUAUGUUAGACCUCCAACUAGAAAUAAGCUUUUGUGGCGUUGACAAGAUUGACAAAGAUCUGAUUGAGAAGACUUUGUACACUUUUUCGUCAUCAAUGAGCAGCCAUCAGUAUCGCCUUAAGUAUGAGCAGAACUGCGUUACGUCAUUCAGUAACCUCAUAUGCAUGUUAGCAAAGAAAGAGCGGCACCAGGAGAUUAUCCUCAAUAACAAUGCAAGGCCGGUUGGGACUAAGAAGAUUCUUGAGUCCAACCAAGCUAGUAGAGCAACACUUGGAGGCGUGAUGACGGAAAUUCCGCCCCCUCCUAGGAACAAUAUCCGCGGUCGUGGCCUCCAAGGUGAGAAAUCCGGCCAAGGCCGAAAUCCUCCAUCUAACUCGAACCAGAAGAGGCGAUCUCCAUGCUAUAUGUGCGGAUCUAUCGCUCACUUGCAUCAUGAUUGCCAUGCUAGCAAAGAAGCUAUUGAUACCUAUAGAAGACACAAGCAGUACUUGGCUCAAGAAGCUAACUUUACUGGGGGAGAUGACAUUGGUGCUGAGCCUUCCACCAAUCUCACCAUAGCAGAUUUCGAAGCUAAGAAGCGAGCUAGUCAUGCGCACAUGGAUGCUGCGGAUUUUGAUGAACUCUUUUGA